GGCAGAGCUCCGUGGGAAGAGAUAGAGAGAAGAGCUAUAGCACUCGUCAUUCGGAUGUUGGCUGGCUCCAUCGACGGACAGGCUUUUCUGGAAACAUUCAUUUCUCGAAAAAAAAAAUAUAUCAUUUUUAUUCAUCUCAAACGACGUUCGUGCCCGUAUCUGGACGAUGCCGCCGGUUGUAAUGAGGAAUCGAAUGCGGACACGAUCCGCGAGUCGUACGGAUGCUGCAGCAGAAAGUUCGAUGACGAAAUCAUCGCCGACAACGAAACAUCAGAGCCCGCCGCUUCGCCAUCAGGAGGUUGACGAUGAUAACGUCAUGUCGCCGAGAGAGCUAGCAAGGGCGAUUGCUGAAUUCAGGGUUGGAGUGCCAUUCUCCACCCCAACCAUCGAUUCCAAGGAAGAGAACUUCAAGAACAGAAAUGCUGAUGAGUCUAACAAGAUGGAUACCCCACUUGAUCAAAAUGCAUCAUCCGAAGAACUGUCACCUAAAACCCCUUCACCUGAAGACAAAAGAGCCAGCUCGGAUCCAUUAGAUGCAAAUCUUCCUGCUAACCCUACCCAAGCCUCACAUACCAUGCCUUACAACCUCGAGACAAACGGCUCCCCCAUCGUAGGGAAUGCAGCUUCUGAAGAACCAUCAUCAGGGUGUCCAACGAGGCCACACCGAAGGGGUUUCACAUCGAGCGAAAGGGACCUCCUGGAAGCGGCCUUCCACAUCUCGGAUCACCCUGGGACAGCCACCAUGAAACUACUGGUGCAUCUUACAGGGCUUGACAGCAAGAAGAUCCGGGGUUGGUUUCGGUCAAGAAGACUCCGUCAAGAAAGGGAGGAAGCAAAGGCUGGAAGAACAUCGCCAUCAGAGACCGAACCAAAACACCAGGUACCACCUCAGUACUGGCCAGAACCUUUGAGAACCUUCUCUCACAUGCAACGGCCACACCAAGUGCCAGGUCACAGCUACAUAGCUCCAUUAGGUUUACCAACAGUACCAGGUGUACCGAUAGUAGCACCAGGGAUACCUUCUAUGGCACCGCCCAUGCCAUCUAAGGUACCAUCAGGCUUCUUGUACCCACCACUACCACCAUCAAGUAUACCAACCAUGGGAUUCUUGCCACCACCAAUGCCACCACCGGGUCACUGGUACCAUCCAAUGGGUUUCAAUACUAAUCAACCACCACACCCUUUGGCCAAAAGAGACAAUCCUUUGUCUUCAGGUUCAGCAUCAAAGACACCAUCAACCACAGAAGCAUCAAAGGCACCUACCGCACCUUGGUGCAAGUCUUCCGGUAUAGAGCAUCCUCUGCAAGGUGUCAUCCCACCGCCUACCGGUAAUCCACUGCCAUCUGGACUCCCGAAUGCCGGCCUCAUUCACCCUUGGUCCUCUCUUGGAUACUAUCCUGCACCAGGUAUUCAUCCUCAGCAUCCCGGCACAGGACCUUACCCCUCACAUCCAGCCAUUCCAUACUGCAACCCUUGGUAUCCUAUGCUUCCACCACCUCAGAAGCCAUUGCACAUCCAGACUGGAUCACAAGCUCCAUCUUCAGCAAUGGCUACUUCAUCAAACUCCCAGAUAGUGAAACUGUCUCCAUCUGACAUGGAACACACCAGGCAAGAGGUCUCAGAGACAGACUCUGAAGCAACUACCAAUGAAUAACAUGCAACUAAAACAAUUCAGUCUUUGGAUUUUCCUGUAAGCUUGAGUAUGUGCUAACGUUGAGAUCUACAUUUUCUCUACCUGAAGAAAUAAUAAAAAAAACCUGUUACUCUUGAAACUUUCUAUAAAUCAAGACUAUGAACUAGACAUCAUACAACUCAUUUCCUAAUUUAUUUUGGUGCUCGAGUUCCCCUUUAAACAGUACUUUUAAGUUCCAUCUCAAUGAUACAUAUAACAUAAAUCUAUUCUCAGUAUAGUAAGUUUUAUGAUGUGAUGUUUUACAUACAUAUUGCUUGAGAUUGAUUUUAACAGCAAAUGUGUGAAAUUAAUUUUAGUUCAUUGGCAAAACUUUGUGCUUCCUCAUAUUACCUCAAUUUAACAAUGGCCAUAUUACCAGGUACUUUUCUAAAAAAUACCAAUACCAUGUUACUAGCAAUGUUAUGUUACACAUUUCAUCCAUUUGAUCAAUUUUUGGAUCAAAAUGAAAUUAUAAAAUUUCUUUUACAAAAAACAAGCUGUUGGCAAAUGCAAAAACACUAAUUUGAUCAACAUCACAAAUCAAUGAAGGAUACUUGUUAUAAUUUGAUAUAAGUAAUAUAAGUAAUGCAUUUUCAAUAUUUAUGUCAAUAUAUGAAUGUUUGUUUUUCUUUUUGGUAAAUCAUGAAAAUAAUUACCAGACUCAGAUUGAAAAAAAAAAUAACACGGGCAACUCAAUAUUUUCACGAUAUUACAUGUUUAUUUCUGGAUGACUUGCCACAUGUAUUUUCAAUAAGACAAAGAGUCACUUACUACCCAUGCACUUUACAUUACAUACAUGUAUAUGUAAUAACUAAAUAUAUGUGUUUAAAUAAAAUAAUUAGCUAUAUU